CUUCUCAAAUAUCACAUCUUCAUUUUAUUUCCUUUCGCCAGAUAAAAACAACAAAAAGAGGCUAAAGAAAAAGUAAGGGUUCCGAAGAGCUUGACAGCAAUUCUUCCUCAAUCAUCAAUGGUAAUGGCAGCAACAGCAACAUCUAUUGGAGGAUUGGUUCCAACACAUUCAUCAUCAGUUGUUAACAAAAACACAACAUGUUUCUUGAAAUCAUCGAAUCACCAAUCCCUUUCAUCUUCAUCUUCUUCUCAUGUUUCUAGUGAUCAGCUUUCACUGAAAACUGUUUUUAAUAAUACAAAAACCGCCACAUCUGGUGGAAGAAGAAGAAUUCCAUUUGUUGUUUCUCCCAAAGCUGUUUCUGAUUCAAAGAAUUCACAAACUUGUCUUGAUCCAGAUGCUAGCAGAAGUGUUUUGGGAAUUAUACUUGGGGGUGGAGCUGGGACACGGUUAUACCCUCUUACGAAGAAGAGGGCAAAGCCUGCUGUUCCACUAGGAGCAAAUUACAGGCUGAUUGAUAUUCCUGUCAGCAACUGCUUGAACAGUAACAUUUCGAAAAUAUAUGUUCUUACGCAAUUCAAUUCUGCCUCGCUUAAUCGUCAUCUGUCUCGGGCAUAUGCUAGUAACAUGGGUGGAUAUAAAAAUGAAGGUUUUGUUGAAGUCCUUGCUGCUCAGCAGAGUCCAGAGAAUCCAAAUUGGUUUCAGGGCACAGCUGAUGCUGUGAGGCAGUAUUUAUGGUUGUUUGAGGAACACAAUGUUAUGGAGUACCUUAUUCUAGCUGGUGACCAUUUAUACCGUAUGGAUUAUGAAAAAUUUAUUCAAGCGCACAGAGAGACUGACGCCGAUAUUACUGUUGCUGCACUCCCAAUGGAUGAAAAACGUGCAACCGCGUUUGGUCUCAUGAAGAUCGAUGAGGAGGGACGGAUUAUUGAAUUUGCUGAAAAACCAAAAGGAGAACAGUUAAAAGCUAUGAAGGUUGAUACCACCAUUUUAGGUCUUGAUGAUAAGAGAGCCAAAGAGAUGCCUUUCAUUGCAAGUAUGGGUAUAUAUGUUGUAAGCAAAAAUGUAAUGUUGAACUUACUCCGCGAUAAGUUCCCAGGAGCUAAUGAUUUUGGAAGCGAAGUUAUUCCUGGAGCAACUUCUAUGGGAUUGAGGGUGCAAGCAUACUUGUAUGAUGGCUACUGGGAAGAUAUUGGUACCAUUGAGGCUUUCUAUAAUGCAAAUUUGGGGAUUACGAAGAAACCUGUACCUGAUUUCAGUUUCUAUGACCGUUCAUCUCCUAUCUAUACCCAACCUCGAUACUUGCCUCCUUCCAAGAUGCUUGAUGCGGAUGUUACAGACAGUGUUAUUGGCGAGGGCUGUGUUAUCAAGAACUGCAAGAUCCAUCAUUCUGUGGUUGGGCUCCGAUCUUGUAUCGCUGAGGGUGCAAUUAUCGAAGACACGUUGUUGAUGGGAGCAGAUUAUUAUGAGACUGACGCGGACAGGAAAAAUCUGGCUGCAAAAGGUAGCCUCCCAAUAGGUAUCGGCAAAAACUCUCACAUCAAAAGAGCUAUUAUCGACAAAAAUGCUCGCAUUGGAGAUAAUGUCAAGAUCAUUAAUGCCGAUAAUGUGCAAGAAGCAGCGAGAGAAACAGAUGGUUAUUUCAUCAAGAGCGGCAUUGUCACUGUGAUCAAGGAUGCCUUGAUACCAAGUGGAACUGUCAUUUAGUUUAUUUAAUUUUGUUUUGAUAAUUAGUUAAAUCUUGUCAAAAACAUCUCCAUUUAGCAAUUUACCUAUCUCUUUGUUCAGUUGGGGUGAUAUCCUUGAACCAUCUAGGCAGGGCCGGCCCCGACAUAAAGUGGCCAAAGUUCAACUUUGGGCAACAGACUUUUAGGGAAUCAUUUUUUAUUUAUUUUUUGUUAAGAAACAUUGGAUUAAUGGUGUAAGUUUUUUGUUAAGAUCCAUUUAUAGAUAAUUGAGAAUCUGCAAGAA